GUCACGUGACUUUCUGUUUCAUCGUCAACAUACAUCACGUGAGUCUACGAUCUGUCUCUCCGAAAAUCCCCUCCUCUUUCUCUUUCAUUCCGGUUAGUUAAACUGUAACAAAACGACGUAGCAUCAUUAUUCUAUUCACCUCGUGUUUCAGUUUCAGAUCCUCGGAAUCUGAAUGGCGACGAGGAAUCGCACUUUGAUUUUCCGAAAAUACAGAGAUGCAUUGAAAAGUGUCCGUGCUCCGUCGUCAUCUUCGCCGCCGUCCACCUCCUCCCGCGGUGGUCCGGUAAUCGAAUUGGUCAGCACUUCGCUUCUUAAUCCCAAUCGCUCUUAUGCUCCGCUUAGUACUGAUGAUCCUGGUGGUUCAAGUAAGGGUUUAAAUCCAAUUACUGUGGGGCUUCCUCCAGCAUGGGUGGAUGUAUCUGAAGAAAUAUCAGCAAAUGUGCAACGUGCACGCACAAAAAUGGCAGAACUGUCCAAGGCUCAUGCAAAGGCCUUAAUGCCAUCGUUUGGAGAUGGUAAGGACGACCAACAUGCUAUUGAGUCUCUAACACACGAGGUAACUGACUUGAUAAAGAGAUCGGAGAAGAGGCUGCGGAGACUUGCUUCUGCAGGGCCUUCUGAGGAUUCUAAUGUCAGGAAAAAUGUGCAGCGUUCUCUUGCUACUGACCUUCAGAGCCUCUCUGUAGAUCUUCGCAAGAAACAAUCAACUUAUUUGAAGCGCCUCAGACAGCAAAAAGAGGGUCACGAUGGGGUUGACCUAGAGAUCAACAUGAAUGGAAGUAAAUCUAAAUAUGAAGACGAUGACUUGGACAAUAUGAUAUUUAACGAGCAUCAGAUGGCCAAGCUAAAAAAAAGCGAAGCUUUCACAGUUGAAAGAGAAAAAGAGAUCCAACAGGUUGUUGAAUCUGUUAACGAGCUUGCUCAGAUUAUGAAGGAUUUAUCAGUACUAGUCAUAGACCAGGGAACCAUUGUUGAUAGAAUAGACUACAACAUUCAGAAUGUGGCAACCACGGUUGAGGAUGGCCUUAAACAAUUGCAGAAGGCAGAGAGAACUCAGAAGAAGGGAGGCAUGGUAAUGUGUGCGUCAGUGCUUCUUAUCAUGUGCUUUGUUAUGUUGGUUCUCUUAAUCAUUAAGGAAAUUAUUUUGUGACCCGUCGUGAUAUUUCAUAUCCUAUUCUUUAUAAUAUUGGUCACCUAUCAUUGGUGUGACCUUUCCAUUUACACACCAUCUCUUGCCUGAUCGAGCAUAGUACAGCAGACUGUCUUAGAGAAAACAUGGAGUUUUGGAGUAGCUGUAGCCACUGCACAUGGCUUGGCAACAGUGGCUUACGAGGCAAUACAAGUUCUCUUGAAAUAUUUUUUUUGUUUCGCCAUGGAGGAGAUAGCGCGGAGUAGAUGUGUUAGAAGAAAAAGAGCUUUAGAGGUUGGUGUGGUACAGUAGAAAUUAUACAUAAAUCCAGAAAAUGUAAAGAGGGCAGUUAUGAACCUGUACUUAACAUUCUUUGCCUGUGGAACUUGGUGUUGAAAUCCUUUUCAUGUGUUUUUUUCCUAUCA